AUGGCGCCGGUCGAUCCUCACUCGUACACCGAUUCAGCUCACCCGCUCACCACCCACGUCUCCCUCUCCCUCUACUUCGACUUCCCUUCCUCCACCAUCCACGCCGCCGCGCUCCUCAACCUCUCAUCCCCGUACACCGGCCAGCUGUCACUCGACGCCCGCUCCCUCACCGUUCACGGCGUUCUCGACCCCCAAACCCUAGCCCCUCUCCCUUUCACCCUCUCCCCUCCCGACGCUGUCAAGGGCUCACUCCUCUCCGUCGCGCUCGACUCCCACGCCUCCGUCCUCAUCCUCUACUCCACCUCGCCGGAUUCCUCUGCCCUCCAGUGGCUCUCGCCGCCGCAGACAUUCAACAAGACGCACCCCUUCGUUUACACUCAAUGCCAGUCCAUCCACGCGCGCUCGGUCUUCCCCUGCCAGGACACGCCCGCCGCUCGCAUCUGUUACUCCGCGAAGCUCAACGUGCCCCGGGAGCUGUCGGCGGUGAUGUCCGCCAGGCAUUCCGGCCGCCGCGAUCCGGUUGCCGGGGACGUGAGCGAGGGGUUUAAGAAAGUGGAUUCCGCCGCGGCGCUCAAUUUCGAGUCGCUGUGGUGUGGGGAUGGGAGAGUGGUGGAGGAAUUUGUGAUGGAGCAGCCGAUUCCGCCGUAUUUGUUUGCAUUUGCGGUUGGGGAACUGGGGUCCAGAGAAGUCGGGCCGAGGACGAGGGUUUACGCGGAGAAUGUGGCAGCAGUGCUGGAUUCGGCGGCCAGUGAGUUCGCCGGGACCGAGGAUAUGGUCCGGCAAGGGGAGAAGCUGUUUGGGGAGUAUCCGUGGGAGAGGUUUGAUUUGUUGGUGUUGCCGCCGAGCUUUCCUUAUGGUGGAAUGGAGAAUCCCAGGAUGGUGUUCUUGACGCCUACGGUGAUUAAAGGGGAUGCCAGUGGGGCUCAGGUCGUGGCGCAUGAAUUGGCUCAUAGCUGGACUGGCAACUUGAUUACCAACAUAAACAAUGAGCAUUUCUGGUUGAAUGAGGGUUUUACAAGAUAUGCUGAGAGGAGAAUUGUUGAGGUUGUUCAAGGAGAAGAGAGAGCUAUUCUGAGCAUGGGAAUUGGUUGGAGGACUUUGAAUGAGGCGAUGGAGAGGUUUAAGGACAACAUGGAGUUCACAAAGCUCAAAACUAACCAGGAAGGAAUUGAUCCAGACAAUGUGUAUUCUCAAGUUCCUUAUGAGAAGGGUUUUCAGUUUCUUGCUCGAAUUGAACGCCAGAUUGGAAGGCCUGCAUUUGAUGAGUUUAUCAAGAAGUAUAUCGAAAACUUCAAGUUCAAGUCUAUUGAUACUGAUACAUUUCUUGAGUUCCUGAAAGCAAAUGUCCCUGGAAUAGAGAAGGAGGUUGAUCUAAAACUGUGGACUGAAGGUACUGGCAUCCCUCCUGAUGCAUAUGAACCAGUCUCCGACUUGUACACUACGAUAGUUUCACUUGCAAAUGAGUUUAAGCUCGGAAGGAUGCCAAGGGAGGACGAAGUUGCCAAUUGGCGAGGGCAAGAAUGGGAGCUCUACUUAGAGAACCUGCCCAAAUGUGUUGAAGCCUCUCAGGUCUUAGCCUUGGAUGCUCGCUACCGGAUGUCAGAGUCAAAGGACUAUGAGGUGAAAGUAGCGUUCCUGCAAAUGGCGAUUUCGUCCAAGUGCAGAGAUUACUACCCUGAAGUUGAGAAGACCUUGAAAGAAGUGGGGAGGAUGAAGUACCUUCGCCCGCUCUACACAGCUCUUGUUCAAGGCAGCGGGAACGAAGAGGAGAAGAUCUUGGCGAAAAGGCUGUUUGCAGAGGCUCGCGAGUGUUAUCACCCUAUCGCGCAAGGUGUGGUGGAAUCAAUCCUCGCCAAGCACCUCUAG